AUGGGUCUUGUGCAAUAUGACAGCAGUGAUGAGGAAGAGGAUGUGCAAUCUCCGGUUGAAACGCAGGCGUCCAAACCGACAGUCAAACCGACACCAGUGAUCCCCCAAAAUUCAUCCGAACCAGCACCACCAUCUGCUGCACCACCUUCAACAACAGAGCAAACCAAACAACCCAGCCCAGCACCACCACAACCCACCAACCCGUCCCUCGGCCCAGUACUCGGCCCAACCCUAGGCCCCUCCCGCCCACCACCAUCAUCAACCACCACCACCCACCCCACCCUCCCCGAGCCAGAAGAAGAAGACGACGGCCAAACCCAAGUCGACCUCUCCUUCCUCGACCCCCAAUCCAGCACCACCACCAACCCCAACCCCAACGACCCCCCUCAAUCCCCCCACACCCGCACCCGCACCCUCCUGCACAACCUCACCCUCCCCUCCGUCGCAGACAUGGAUAUCCCCCCCUCACCACCGGGCACCCCGCCGCCAGGCCUCGACGCCCUCACCGCCAAAUUCGAAACCUUCCUCCGCCUUAAGCGCACAAAGGGCGUGCACUUUAAUGAGCGCUUGGCGCAGAACAAGGGCAUGGCGAACCCGGGAGUGGGGGAUAAGUUACUUGCUUUUGUGGGUAUUGGGACGGAGGUGGAUGAUGGGUAUGGCGGUGAUGGAAUCUCAACAAGCGAGCGACAGAAUGGUGGAGCGGGGGCAGGUGGCAGUGGUGGUGGUGGAUUGGUGGACCAGUACGCGACGGUGCUGUCGGCCGACGUGUGGGAUCCGACGUGUUUCCCGGCGUGGAGUUAUCGGGGCGCGUUGAGGAGGACACAGGAGCGGGUGGCGAAGGAGAGGGAGAGGGCGAAGGGGGAGCCGGUUGCGUUUGUUUCUUCUUCUUCGGGUGGUGGUGUUACGGGGGGUGGUGGGCUAGGAUCGGUGGGGGGGAGUAGGAGCGGUACGCCUGGAGUUGGGGCAGGGACGGGGAAGAGAAAGGGGCGAUGGGAUACGUGA